GCUCACUGUCAGUGUAAAUGUCAAAUUAAUGACUAAAGGGAGUUGACUCCAAAUUUAUUGUGUUUAUAAUUUCGAAUUUUAUUUUCUAUUUAAAAUAAAAUGGAACUGUGGAAAAUUUGUUUAGUUUCAAUAAUUGGAAUAUAUUUCUGCACCAAUAUUCAAUUUGUAUCAGGACUUGAAUGCUACGUUUGCUCGAAUCAAACUGGAAACACUGAGAAAUGCCUCAAUACCAUUAAGACUUGUGAACCAGGCGAGGAUGUUUGUUUCACUGAAAUUCGAUGGGGCAGUCAGCCGUAUUUCUCACAAGGUGCCCUAAAACAGUACUACGUUUCAAAACGAUGCAUGGCUAAAAGCCAUUGUCAGAAGCAAAGGAAACGCUACACCCCAUACUGCACCCAUAUUUGGUAUGAGGAUUGGACAUGUGCCGAAUGCUGCCAGGGGGAUAGAUGCAAUUAUUUUGUUAUUAGUGGAGCACCAAACCUUUCAGCCUCAGCAAUUUAUUUGAUUGUUUGUAUGAUUUUGGCAUUUUACAAACAACUUACAUGAAAAAAACGUAAUAAAUGUAAACAAUCAAGCAGAAGAAAAGAAGUCCAUAUCAAUCAUUCCACAUGUAGCACAAUAUUACCUAACAUAAUCGAAUACCUUUUGUACGAAUAACUUCUCGUUAGAAUAACAAUCUGUUGAUAGUGCCUUGUUUUUUUUACUUCAUAUUUUAUAUUAGGAUAAGACUUAAGAUGAAAUCCAUCCGUCCAAUUUUUAAAUUUAAAUAAAUAAACGAUUUUGACAAAACAAAAUG